AUGUCUUGGCUACUUGGAGGAGGUUCAUCAACCAAACAACAAGAACCUGUUAAGGAACAAACAUUUGCAUUCGACCCUUCAGAGGCUACCAAUGUGUCAUCAUUUUUAACCCCACAGGCCCUGGAUGUGUCAAAACUGCAUCCUUUAGCUGGUCUCAAUCAAAAUCUCGAGUACUUAACGCUUGAAGAUGAAACUCCUGCUGUGAAUACCGGUAUUCUUCCUAUUAAAGACUGGACUGACGAUUUAUGUUACGGUACAGGUAUUGUUUAUUUAUCGGGUCUAGGUAUUGGUGGAGCCUACGGUUUAGCUGAGGGUCUCAGAAAGACCGCUGAUUCGAAGUCGGCCAGAUUAAGAUUAAACGGUGUUUUGAACGCUGUUACUAGAAGAGGUCCUUUCUUGGGUAACUCUGCUGGUGUUAUCGCUUUGGUAUACAACCUGGUGAAUAGUUCAAUUGACUACUUCCGAGGCGAGCACGACUCAUACAACUCUAUAGCUGCCGGUGCUAUUUCCGGAGCUCUUUUCAAGGCCACCAAGGGUCCUAAGGCCAUGGCUAUUUCUUCUGGUUUGGUUUCUGUUGCUGCUGGUGUUUGGUGUGCUGUCAAGAAAUCCGUCUUUUAA